AUGGAAUAUGAUCGUUAUCCCACCUUCCAAAAUUUUAAUAUGUCAAUUAAAAUCUUAGUGUGGAAUGUUCAAGGUAUAGGCAGUAAGGUGCAUAUGGUGAAGGAAGUCAUUCGCAUUAACCAACCAACCAUGGUGGUAUUGGUGGAAACUCAUUUAAGUGGAGAGCAGGCAGAUAAAGUUUGUGAUAAGAUAGGUUUCUCUGGCAAGAUGCGGGUAGAAGCGCAGGGAUUUUCAGGAGGAAUAUGGAUGUUUUGGAAAGAUGAAGAAAUUUCGGUUACUUCGUUUGGGUCUCAUUCCCAACAUAUCACAGUCGAAAUUAAAAAACUUGGAGAGGAACCAUGGCUUUUCUCAGCGGUAUAUGCCAGUCCAGAUUCUUCUCUUCGUAGAGACCUAUGGCGGGAACUGGAUAACGUAAAACAAUCGUAUGAUGGUCCAUGGCUAGCAGGAGAUUUUAAUGAAACAGUGUGCAUGAGUGAAAGAAAUGGCGUAGGUGGGACAGAGAUGCAGCGACGAUGUCGCAACUUCGCCAAUUGGAUUGAAAAUAAUGGUCUAAUUGAUCUGGGAUGCUCAGGACCUGCUCAUACUUGGUUUAGAGGAAACACUGUGGACACUUUUAAAUCAGCUCGGUUAGACCGAGGAUUAGUUAAUGAAGAGUGGAGGUUGAGAUUUGAUGACGGAAGUCUGCGGAACAUACCAAAGUCGUGUUCCGAUCAUUGCCCCAUCCUGAUAAGUACCACGGGUUUUGCGCCGAUGCCAAGGGCCUUGAAACCCUUCCGUUUUCAAGCUACUUGGUUGAAUCACGACAAAUUUCAUGAAUUUGUUAUGAAGAACUGGGUUUCAUCAGCCCCUAUUAUUCCUUUCUUGAAGAAUUUUGCUCAGAAACUUCAAAAAUGGAAUAAAGAGGAGUUUUACAACAUCUUUCGUAAGAAGUCCGAAUUGUGGGCUAGACUUGAAGGGAUUCAGAAAAUAUUGGCUACAGGGCAACAACAACACCUUAUUAAACUUGAAGGCAAGCUGAGAAAGGAGAUGGAGGUUGUGUUAAAUGAUGAGGAAAUGCUUUGGUUCCAGAAAUCGAGACUUGAGGCCAUAGGGGAUGGAGAUCGUAAUACUCGUUACUUCCAUUUAUCAACGAUCAUCAGGCGAAAAAGAAAUAAAAUUGAUUCUUUGAUGGAUGAAGAGGGCAAUUGGAUCAACGAUACAAUUGCGGUCAAGGAUAUGGUUAGAUCUUUUUGGAGGGAUCUUUUUCAAGAAACCCCUGAUUCGGAAGGUAAUGUAGAAACCAUGUUGAGUAACUACUUUCCAGAGAUACCGGAUGAGAUAAAGAGAAGCUAG